AAGUCGAUUAAUUUUAAUAAACGAUUAACUUGACAUUCGAUUGUAACCUUCACUAGAUAGGUUUGUUUAUAUCUUGUUUAUUGAUUUGUUACUCAGGAUUAUGUUCUUAAAUUUUCAGUUUGUGAUAUACUUUUUGAAUAGCGAUGGAUCAAAUCGAUAAGAGAAACUCUGAUAUUUCAAUGAAAGAUGAAAUCACUGAAGAAACAGAAUCAACUCGUGCACUUAUCCAUGUAAAACAAGAAGAGAACUUUAUCAUCUCGGAUGAACUUAUCAAUCUGAAACAAGAAGAGGAGAUUAUUGUCUCAAAUGAAAGUGUAAAAGAAAAGCUGAGUGAGGGAAAAAGAAGUGUAACAAAGGUAAGAGGUUGUGCAGAAGAAGAGUUAAUAUUUGCUGAUGAGCAGACUCAGCCUCUCUGGGUGUCAGGGCCUCAAACCGUAGGGUUUCAGAACACAUAUGUAGACGAUGACGACGUAAAACACGACGACCAAAUUGCGGAAUCUUUUUCUUCUGAAGUGCAUGAAAAAAAAGAUGAUUCUGAUAAUAAAAAUGGGAGUGAAUCCUAUUUUUUAUUAAAAACUGAAGCGGAUUCCACUACAGUCUACGAAUCAUUGGAAAUACCUUCAUCUACUGCCUCAAUGGCUCCUCUACAAUCUUUGACUCCAUUGCGAUAUGGGUCAACCUUUGGUUGGACAAGUGAUAAAUCAGGCAAAGGUCACUCCAUACAGAUGUCAUAGAUUUGAUCCAACUGAGUCCUCAUCUCUUGGAGGAUCCGUUCAUCCACCUUUGAGAAUCCAAAAAAGAGAUUUUAUGCUUGAAAAGCUGUCAACAAGGGCAGUAUCCAAAGCCAAUAUUGCUGAACAAAAACAAAGAUUUAAAAAAAAUACAACAUGAGCAGAAGAUACAACGAUUGGAGGAGAUGCAUGUGUAUAGGAUAAAACUGUUGGAGCAACAAGUUCGUCAAGUUGAGGAGCAGCAGUCAUGGUUUCGAGAGGAACACCUUGAUAAAAUGCAAAAAAUUAAAUCAAGCUGAUAUUAAUAUUGAUAUUAUAAAUGUGUGUGUAUAUAUUGAGUGAGACGCAUUGUUCAAAGAUAGUUAUUGCCAUUAGAAGGUAUAACCAAUCUGGCUUGGAAUAUCUAUACUUGAUAAGAUAGUAAAAUAAAUUAGAAAUUAUUAGUUAGAUAAGGCAUAUAAAAACAUUGUGUUCAUAAGAAAAGAUGGGAUAGAAACGUCACUAAAGAUAAUAAACCUCAUGUUUUUAAUUAAAUGAACUAAUGCCUAAAUAGAAUAAUUACUUACUUAAUUCAGUCCUCUGUUACCGCUGAGCAGUGUGAGGUUCCUUUUUAUAGAGCUUGAUCCAAGAAUCUCUAUCCUGGGCCAGCUUUCUUCUCCUACUCCAGGGCAUUCCUCUCCUGUCAAAGGCUUCCUUAACUCCUUCUUCCCAUCUUUUUCUUGGUUUUCUCUGUGGCCGCCUUCCCUCCACUUUGACCUCAUAGGUAGUCCUGGCAAUUCUGUUAAUAGAAUAAUUAUUUUAUAAUAUAAUAUUUACAGAUCAAUUAAAAAAAUCAUUUUGUUUAUAUAUCAACACAUAUGCAUGUUUGUAUUAUAACAGUUUUGUGAUGUUAAGUGAAAUAUUGAAUAGUACAGUUUAUAAGGGUAUGAAUCUAAUAUUUUUUAUUCUUUAAAUUUCAAUAUAUUAUUUUAUUUGACUGUA